UUGACUUGAUAUGUCUUUAUUUUGUCCCCAGGUGCUGCCACAGCUGGUGUGGGACAUCACAGAGCACUUCCAGGGCCCUGACGCUCUGUGUCGCUCCAUCAAGUAUUUGCAGAUCGUUGGGAUGUUUGCAUCCUCUUAUGUGAUUGUUGCCAUGACUGUGGAUCGGCACUAUGCCAUCUGCUGCCCCCUGCAAGCGUAUCGCGGAGGUGCACCCUCCCGCUGGAACACCCCCAUUAUGGUUGCGUGGGGCCUGGCCCUUGUGCUCAGUUUGCCACAGGUGUUUAUCUUCUCGCGGUCAGAGGUGUCCCCCGGGGUGUUCGAAUGCUGGGGCCACUUUGCUGAGCCGUGGGGUCUUAAAGCAUACGUCACCUGGAUGACUGUGGCUGUAUUUGUAUUGCCAGCCUUUAUCAUCACUGUCUGUCAGGUUCGCAUCUUCAGAGAAAUCCAUGACAACAUCUACCUGAAGUCUGAGCGGGUGGUGACGGCAGAAUUUAAGAGGAACUCUGUCUUCUUCCACUUUGCUCAGCGGGAGGGGGGCAGGGGAAGGAGCAGAGAGAGAAACAGACAGAGCAGACACAGUCAUCAUGCUGACAGCAGUCUCAGUCAAGCUCACUGCAGCCCUUCAUAUCAUGCAGGAGAGGAAGCGUCCUCCUCAAACCUUUAUGAUAGCUACUCUCAUACUCUACCCUGUAGGAGCUCUAUCUGCGAGCCUUGCUUUGGGACCUGCCCCUCUUCAGACAGCUCCUCCCCUUCCGUCCAAACCCACCUGCAAAACACCCCCAACCAUCUCUCAGACCCCUCCCAUUCUCAGUCAUUAUCAGCCAAUAGCGUGUGUGCAUUGGCUGGACACCCAAAUAGCUCUGGAGCUUCUGAACUGUGGCCAGGUGUGCUUCCAGAUGCUUUUCCCCUUCCGGCCGACUAUUCGCACCCGCCGCCUCUCCCAGGUGUGACUAAGGCCAUGUCUAAGACAGUGAGGAUGACUCUUGUCAUUGUGCUGGUAUACACCAUCUGCUGGUCCCCUUUCUUUAUUGUUCAGUUAUGGGCAGCCUGGGACCCCAACCCACCAAACCAAGGUCAGACCCAAGCAAACACAUGAAUCUGCAUGUCCUGUACAGUCAACACAAUAAGGCUUCUUGGAUGCUUAAACAGUAUGAUGUAUUGUUUAAAGAGGUUCACAUCAUAAUAGGAAAUAGGCAAUCAAUUUUUUGAUACAGACUACAGACUUUUUUGUGCAUGUUCAUUAGCUUAGCCAGAGAUUUUUUUUCAGGGUGAUUUUAGCUAAAGAAGUAAAAAUUUAGUGAUGAUUUGAAAAAUACA